UAGUAAUUGUAAUGAAGGGCAAAAUUGGAUGAGUUGUACAGUCGUAAUUCAUUAAUACACUGAUACACAUGUACACUACAUGCAUACGUCACGUCGUUGACUUUGGCCCUUUCUAAGUCCUAACUUUCCAUGGGGGUUGUGAGCUAGACCGCUCACCGCUGCACCUCCCCUAAAUUGUUUUCCACCUCCCCCAUUAUUUCCACCAAAAUCUGGCUUUGCGAGAAGCCAUCGUGUUUCGUAUUAAAAAUAUACAAGAAAAUAUUCGAGACAAGUUUGCAAUAUCUCACAGUGCCCAUACUUUAUCUUUAGGCGAGGUUCAUAGUCAUUGUUGUGUUGGCUCCAGUGAUUAUUGGCUAUGCGUGGGUUGUGGGUCAAGGUUUUGGCUACCUAAUAUUUAAAGCUGUUGGAGCUGGUACAGAAAUUCAAGGUUAAUUUGAUAUGUUGUAAUUUAUUUAUUCAUUAAACUUCCAACACAAACGUACAUACAAACAUGACAUUACAGCAGCAGAACAUGUGCAUCACUGAAUCUAACAAUAAAUGGCUUGGACACCACAACAGUAUUAAACCAAUUACAGUGGACAGCCUACCAUUACCAUAUAUUAUUAUUUUUUUUCAGACAUGUAUCGUACAGCAAGUAGAUUCUCGGGUUUACUCAAAAUUGACUACCAGCUUGCAGUAAGUUUUGAUUUUUGCUGUAUAAAUAUGAAUAGUUCCUAAGGCCGGCUCGUUUAAGGUCUCGUUCAAGUGAGCCCGGGAGAAGUCAACCGAUUUCGUUUGGUCAUAGUAGUAUUUAUGAUAGAUGUUUACAUGAGACCAGGAUGAAAAAUUACUCAGACUGGUUUGAAGUCAUCCCGCUCGCUGGACCGAAACGACUAUCUUCCAACCGGAAUGAAUUCGGGGGGGAUGAAUGUAAACAGAUCGGUCUCGCCUGUGCCCUCGGCUUCAUAACAACCAUCUCACAAAAGGAUUGUAGAAAAAAAAUGGCGGCCCAGUGGACUAAAUUGAAAAUAUGAUUGUCAUAACGGUCGCAUGUAAACAUACUGACAAUUUUGACCUUCAUCAUUUAUCAGAUGAACUAUCUUCUGCGUCCGUUUUAAGAGUAAAUCAGGCCGUUAUUUUUUGAUAAAGUACUUUCAGAGUGCUGUGCAGUAAAGCCUGUCAUAACUCUUUGAAAUUUUCGAUUUUGUUCUGAAGGUGAUCCUGCUAAUUCUUACAAUCGAAGAUUGCGGAAAGAUAUCAUAUUUUUCAAAAUGUUGCCUGGCUGUUGGAGUUCCAUUUCAGAUGCUAGCUUCGUUAGUGGGCUGGAUUGCAAUGAGAACAGAACAACUUUUAUUGGUCUGGUGUUUUCUGCCGUUGUGCUGUGCGGAACCUGUUUUUAUUGCAUAUAGAAUAACACAGGUAUAUACUGUAGAAAUUAACUAGUUGUUGGCAAGUUUGGAGUGCGGUAAUUUGCGCAUCCAUAAUUUCAAAAGGUCCAGAAUGAUCCUUUAAAGGGUUAUGGCAAUAUAAAUUAAGUUUGUCUUAUCUGAAAGAACAUAUAAAACGAUAUAUAAACUUCCUUUACAAUUAUUCCGUAUCUUGCUUGGUUUUCGAAACAAAUCGACUUAUUUUGAUCAAAAGCAGCGUGUAUUCCGCCAUCUUGGAUAUGCGUUCGAUAUGCAUACGUCACAAGUAGGGUAAAAAGCGAAAUUUUUAUCUUGCAAACCACAUGUCAUUAUCAAUAUGAAACUCGAUUUUCCGAAGUCUUUUUAGUAGUCUUUUUAGUACUCAAUUAACUCACAACAUUUUAAGAAACAUUUCGAAAAAUUUAGUCCCACAUGAAGAAAUUUUAACAAGUUUACCCUGCUUGUAACGUCAUCAAAAACUUAGUUAAUUAGGUCAAUUAUAAUACCAAGAUGGCAGACUGCACACUGUUUUUCAAAAUAUUUCGAAAACCAAGCAAGGUACGAAAAAGUUGUAAAGGAUCUUCAUGUAUAACUUUAAAAGUUCUUUCAAAUAAGACAAAGUUAAUAUUUAUUGCCAUAUCCCUUUAAAGUACGACUAACCCCAAAUAUGAUUUUUGGUAUGUGUAAUAUUUGGAUGAUUCUGAGAAGAAAUGUAAUGUAUCUUUAUAGUAAAAAACCUCAUCUUGAUGAACUUUUUCACUGUCAAAGUUUCCGGUAUGAUGUCAUUAGCUGAAUUUUGUUGUACAAAAAACAAAGCAAAACUAAUUUGCAAUUUACCUAAUGACAUCAUAUCCGGAAACCUUGACAGUGGAAAAGUUGAUCAAGAUGGGAUUUUUUAUUAUAAAGAUAUAUUACAUUUCUUCUUCGAAUGACCCAAAUAUUACCCAUACCGAAAAUCACAUUUGUGAUUAGUCGCACUUUAACGAUAGCUUUAUUAGUUCGACACUUUCAAUAAGGCCCAAAGAAAAUUUUGUAAAUGUGAUUGGCCGACACAAAUUUUCCGUCGGAAAAAAAUUUUGAAGUUGAAAAUUUUCAACUUUUAACAAUGAUAUUUUCGGAAAAUUUUCUGUCCGUGGAAAUGUUUCUUGCGUGGAAAUUUUUCUUGCGUGGAAAUGGGCCUUUAGGACCAGAAUACCCAGACCUGGAAAAUAGUGGGAUCUCUGGAGGAAUCGAAAAAUAGUAGGCCCACUGGCAGGCAUCGAACACUGUGCUGCGAUUCCAGAAUUUCGAUCUCCAAAAUAUGCCAGCAAUACCCCACUUACCGGAAAGCAUUUUCUUUUAGUUUUCAUCGAGAUGGAAUUACUAUACUGAUGAUGGUAUGGAAAAGUUGACAUAUUCUUUCAUUGCUGCAGGUAAAGUACGUGUAACGUGCAUGAAGAUCGUUUUCCAUUCAAUCGUUUGGUAAUAUCUCAUCACAUUUCUUUUGUGUCAAAGUCGUAUGUUGUAUGACCAGACUGCCCUCAAUCUCGCGUGCACAAUUAGUUGAGACAAGUUAGGACUAUCAAAAUGUUGCAAAAGAUCACUUGAUUUAUAAUCCCCAAACCAUAUGAUGUUUUAUACAGCUACGACAAACAAAUAACAUUGUUACUCUUCAUCUCAUCUUCCAUCAAAACAGCUGACGUACAUUGGCAUACAGUUUAUUGCAUUGUUCAAUUUUUUCAUGUUUUUAUUUUAGCCAUCGGUGCGGUUAUUAUCAGACUGCUGGUACUGUUUGCCCUGUAUUUUGUUGUGAAAAAUUUUGGCAGAGGUCUAAAGUUUAGAGGUAACGUUUAUUGGGUUAAAGGGGAAAUGCCAGUAUGCAAGUUUUUAAAGCGUCUUUAAACUCUUAAGUAAUCAGAGACUGAUUAUUUCUAUUACUCUGCCAACAUUGUGUUUAAAUAUCAUAUCUUACAGGUAAACUACGUGAAGCGUUCCUCUUUCGAGUUUCUAAAUUGAUUGCAAUUUUUCUCAUUACUUUUGCAAUUUAAAAAACUCCCUUGCAAAUCCCUUGAGGGAAUUUGCAAUGUUGCUAAAAGCCAAAAACAAUUUCCUCAGUUCCUGUUAGAAGUUCUUAACUUCCUGUUACAAGUUCCUAUCUUCCUGUUCUGUUUUGGGCGUUGCAAUUGGCUAACAAAAAUAAUCGACCAAUAACAACGCUCAGAAUUACAGAACAAGAAGUUAGGAAAUUAAAACAGGAAGUUAGGAAAAUUUAAAAUGAAGUUUGGAAUAUUGCAACAGCCGAUAGGAACAUUGCAAAUUCCCUCAAGGGAUUUGCAAAGAGUUUUUCAAAUUUGCAAAGCUAAUGAGGAAAAUUCCAAAUGAGUUACGAAGUCAAAUAAGGAACGCUUCACGUAGUUUACCUGUAACGGACUUGAAAUCUAUACAGUAGUGCAGUCCGAAUUGGAGGAUUUGAAAUGACAUCAUUAUAACGAAUAAAUCUCAAACUCAUUAAAAAUUCAUAAGUAAAUUAGCCAACAAUAUUACUUCAGUUCGCUCACAUGAUAAUACUGAAUACCUGAUGAAGUACAUUGAUCCAGUCCUAGGACUGUAUCAAAUUUAAUUCAGUCCUUGGACUGGAUUAAAAUUAAUUAAGUAGUGAUUUAUUCGUAUAAUUUCCAUCCAGUCCAAGGACCCAGGUAUCCAGUAUUAUCAUUUGAGCAAAAUAAAGCAAUAUGGUUGGCUAAUUUACGCAUGAAUUAUUAAUGAGUUUGAGAUAAAUUAUUUCCGUAGACUUGCGUAAAAAGAUUAUGAAAGUUCUGGCCUCCAAACACAAGAUUUCUAAAUCCUGCAGUCUUGUUUUUCUUCUUUAGUUUUCCAAGUGCCAAUCAACGCGAAUGACCCGCCAAUAAUGCCAAGUAAGAGACAAAUCAAGAAAUGUUGUGGUAUGGUUUGUUGUGGGCCGUUUGGAUGACAGAAUAGUGAGUUUUUAGCAUAACUAAGUUAUAUGAUGUACUGUACGGGGAGCACGCAACAGCCGGUGUUUUAUAUGAUUUAAAUUAAUCACGUGCGCUUGGGGUGACUUGCACAUUUCCUCUAUGUCGCGCAUAUCCUCUGAAUUUGCGCUGAAGUCUGACAGACCUUUCACGAUAAAAAUUAGCGAAAUAAUUUUUUUUUAAAUUAUUGUAAAAUAUGAAUUUUUUAAUAAUUGAGCAUUGUGUUCAGUGGCAGCUGUGCAUGAUCGCAAUGAAUUUUAAUAUGGCAUAAAAUGACUUGGAAAGUUUAUACACAAAAAUUUUAACAUUUUAAUUUGUGGUUUGAAGCAUAUAUAAUAUUACCAAAAAUGGUAUUAAUUUAUUAAUUUUAUAAUUAGGUGCAAUAAUUUUAGUUACUUUAGGCAAAAUUAAAUUAUUAUUUUACAAAUUAUUCUCAAUAUUAGCAUUUUACUGAGCAAAAGCAUAUUAUAAUGCCUUACACAUGCAUACAAAAGUACAUUAGAGAUUUAUGGAAAUAUGAUUUCCAUUAAUUAGUGUUAUUGAGAUCCAGGGUCGUUUCGACCGAUACUGUAGGGAGUUUGGCAACCUAGAACGGAACGACAACGGCGAAAAUAUAAUUGCUUAUAUUGUUGUAUUUGAGGCAAAGUAUACGUUACUACACUUAAUUUGCUUCUUUAAGUAUUCUUGUUUCUCUCAAACAGCCCUUGAGUAAAAAUAGUCCGCACGAAUUCAAAUAAAACACCUCAAAUAACAUCGAACGAAUUAACUGUUGCCCUAGUCAUGUACGUGAAAAUGAUGCAAAUCACGUAUACUAGUUUCAACAGCUACGGCAUUGCACAACGCUUAACACCAUGUAAUUUACAUUCGCCUUUGUCUUUGAGGAUCAAUGCUAUUGUUGAUGACCACGUUGCCGUUGUAUUUGACAAACUCCCUAAUAUGUCUGGGGUAAGGGGGGGGGGGGGGGUGAAAACAAAACUUUAAGGCCCUUUCCUGACUUUGCUUUGGUGAGUGUUACACCCCUGACAACCCCCCCAGUCGAGAUCAAGGUGGUUUCCUCAUACUUAUUCUUGCAGAUUAAUGCCACAUCCAUAACAAACAGACAGCUUUUCCCAAUUCUCAAUCUUCUCAAGAACAUCAACCCUUUCCAUGGUAUUCUUAAGAAUAUCCUUAAGAGUCCCCACAUUAUUUCCGUCCUCUGAUGUUCCCCAUAUCCCGAGUGCCUUACUCGCCAUGCCCUUUCCUCGUGUUGCCAUAAAUUCUUGUGUAAUUAACGUAACCUCUUUCGUGGUGAAGCAAUCUAAAGCAAUCAUAAGUGGUUCUUUGCUAAGAUCAUAUAAGUCUAGUAGAUUGCAAAUUUCUUGAAAACAAUCUUUUUCGAUUUGAGCAAUGGGCCACUUGUUACGGUCCUGUGGCAGAUCUGUUUCAUCUGUCAUUAUGCAACGUGGGCACAUUUCCCCCCUCGUAGGAACAGAUUCACUUGAUGGCAACGUUCCAGUACACGCUGCAUUUGUCUUCGAAUGUACUUCGCUUUGGACUUCAUGAUUGUUAUCGGGGCUUUUCUUUGACAGCAAUCGUCGUAGACGUUUCAAUGACCAUCGUUUUAUUGAGCCAGUUGUAUCU